GCACGACCACGAUCGUUUCAAUGGUUGACAUUUCGAACGGGGACGAAAUCGAAAAGGCCAAACGUUUCCGUUUCGAGUCUUUAGUCGUAGUGCGUGCCCGACUUUAAUUCGAUCAUGGCGCAAAACGUGCAACGUUUGCUAUUCGUUUCAUUAGCGGCGAUCGCUGCGGCGACGUGGAUAGUGGCAGGCGAUUCGCCGGUCGAUCCGGUCGUAAUCAACAACAACACGGCCACCGACGUCCCGAACGUCACCGAGAUAUCUCCGGCUCCCAAUUCGACGACGACCCCGUUCACAUCCUCGACCCCACCGUCUACCACCAUCACCACUCCCUCCCCGCCCACAUCUACCACCAAGAAAUCUCCCACCUCUGUCACGACGAGCUCGUCAUCUUCUACUGCCGCCACCGCCACCACCACUACGCAGGCGCCGCAGCACCAGAGGAAAUUCGACGGCCCCAGCUUCGUCGGGGGCAUCAUCCUCGCGCUGGGCUUGGUCGCCAUCGGCUUCGUAGCCUUCAAGUUCUACAAGGCGCGGACCGAAAUGAACUACCAUACUCUUUAAAGGGGCAUCACGAUUCGUCACCCGGAGGUUUGCGAUUCAUUCGUAUUGUGAUACGCGGGGCAGCUGCACGGGGCUCCGCCCCUCUCUCUCAAUGGUUAUCGUGUGUAUCGCGUGGAUCUGCACUGUUUAUAAGAAAAAAAUCAAAACUCUCGAAUCACCGUUUGUAUACAAUCGCGGUGGCAUCUCGAAUACUCAAAGCUUCUGAUCGCGCGAGAUCACGUGACAACCCGAGACCCAACUAUAAUGGUAAAGGUAAUGCGCUUAGAAUAAGCUCAUAGCACGUACGUGUUGUAUUCAAAAUGUAAGGUUACUUUUACGUUUUAUCAACAAAUGCUUGUUGAUUCAUCAAAAUUAAUGGGGUCCCCUUUUUUUUCACAUCUGGUAUAACCUUCAGUUCUUCCAGCGAUCUUUUCGUUAUCUCUUCAAUCGUUCCUUUCGUGGGUUUCCAGAGUUUUGAGAAUAGGAAAAAGUCGCGUGAGGUCGUAUCCGGCGAAUAUAGUGGCCGAAAGUCCAAAAAGUCAGACAAGCAACGAUGAGUGACGCUUUAUUGACCGCAUGACUUUGUGCGACUUGACGUACUACGAAACGAUAAUCAAAGAAAACAGUAAGCGAAUCUGGGUUCACCCAUUGGGAAAACUGGGAUUUGAUUUCUAUGUCAUAACUAUAUACCCCUGAUUCGUCACCAGUUAUGACAUUUUUGAGCAUAUCGGGAUCAUCAUUGGCUCUUCAAAAUUUGGGAAAAAAUUGCAUCGCACGAGCCAAUAGAAAUGCCGAUGUCUUUAUCCACUUCUCUAAUUUGCAUCACUUCUUCAACGCUUUCAUCAGUUAUGUCACAUCUCACAAAAAAAAAGUAAACUGCCUGAGACUCUGAACCUGUGUUGGGGACAUGGGUACCAACAUUACAAAGAUCACCUUACUUUUUGAACACCCCACGUAUACCCUUUAUAUACUGUUUUAUACCAAUUCUGAGAAAAUGUUGCCGAUCUCACAUUUGAAUCACGCUUGUCUCGAAUAAUAAUAAUUCGGUAAGUUUUAAGUCAUUUUAACUGCUGCCGAAUAUCACAAGAUCAUCGCGUCGCAUUCCGCAUUUUCUGAUGGCAAAAUUGGUUUUCCUUUCAUCCUCUCGUCAUUUGAAAUUCAAUACAAGGAAAACUCGGAAUUUAAGGCAUACACAAGACGCGAAGAAUGUUUAACUUCUUCGUCAUAUUUUAGCAUAAGAAAUUUUUAACGGAAGAUCGUCUAUGGUACAUAAUACUUUUAAAUCGAACGUUUCUUUCACUUUCGCAGUGGUUGAACAAAACUUAUUGGAGGUAUUGACAGAAUAUCGAUUUCAAAUGUCCUCAAAAAUAAUUUUCGAUGUAUCGAUAUUUUAAUCCCUUCACUUAUCCAACGCAUCCAAUCGAUGAGAACCAAGACUGUAAAAUAUGGUUUUCUGAAGACGUUGCACAAGCUUUUCGGUUUAUGGCAUCGAACUCGUCACUUCAAAAGCCGGGUUUUUCAACUUUUGUCCAAUUAUCUACAGGAAGUAAACUUACGACAUGAUAAAAUACUCGGAUGUCAUGAAAACCUGAACAGUUUUUGCUACUUUCAAAGUAUAGGCUUCACUUGCUUCUGAAACUUACUUGUUGAGUCAAUGUAAAUUUAAUCCAGAUGUAUAUUGAUUAGAAGCUCAUGUUCUAAGCUACAAUCUUGAGCGAAAACUUACCAUUACGAAGUGAUACAUAGGUUGACGUAGAAUAAACAUAUAAGGUUGCUGCAAUCAAGAGAGUACUUCCUAAAUACUCCUCUUAUUUGUUGGUACAGAGUUGAUUGCUCCACGGUGAAAGUAAAAAACACUUCGAUCUACUUCACUUUCGAUAAUUUUUGUGAAUUCUUCACAUAUAUUAGUCACAAGAGGGUUUUUUACACUCUACGUAGUCCAUAACUUUUUGUAAAAACAUUAACGAACGUCCAUCUUUUGGAACCCAUUAUUUGGUGCAGAAAAUCGAGGUAAAAUAAUAAAACGUCCAUUAUUCGUCCAAAUUGGUUGGUCACGUAACCUUGACGCACCGCAUCCUGUCGAUUUACGAUUCGUAUUCUGUCCUUAAGAAGUGCUCUUAAGAUAGGGUAGAUUUUUAAGUCGGAGAAACCGUUUAAAAGGGAGCGCUAGUCUACAGAUUAUAUUAUUAUGUGUUUAUAGUCGUAGUUUUUAUUGUAGUUUACGAGUGCGAGGUUAAAUGAAACGGAUAUUUUUCUAAAGUUUAGUCACAUUACGAUACAUUAGAUGAUUACGAUUCAACGUGCCGGUGUAGUUAACUUAAUUUCUAACGUCGUUGUAUAUUAUUACUUAAUAAAGUUUAACUGU